CAAAACAGAGCCAAAAAAAAUACGCAAAAUGGGUGCAAAGUUGUUUUUGUUGGCACUAAUUGGCUGCCAAUUUCUGCUGAGGAGCGGUGACUGUUUUGAGGCCAAGCGAUUCUUUGGCGUGGGAAAGCGGAUUCCUGGUGACCAGCUUCUGGUCAAGGAUGUGCGUCACUCGCGUCCUGCCGGCGCCGAGGAACUGCCCCGUGUGGACUUUACAUACGAGGUCCUGGAACCGAUUACCUGCGUUGAAAUUCUGUCAGAGGAAAACAUUUCGGCGGAGGUGAUAUUCAGCCUGGUGAACCGUCUCAUCGUGGGCAUGGUCCGGCUGGCGGGCAGCAACGAAAGUGGUGUCUCUCCUAGGACAGAGGCCAGUGUUCAAGUUCCGCCACCAACUGCUUUCGAUGUGACCAUUAUGAUCUUUGGCCUGAAUGAAACCGCCGUCAAUUAUGAUCCCUCUAUGAUCGUCAAUCCCGACCAGCAGUACGAGGGUGAAAUGGAACCCUAUAGCGGCUUGGAGGUUGAGCAGAUUUCGGAUGCCGAACUGUAUGAUAAUAACCAACGAGAGGCACUGGAAGUGGAGGAGGAAGAUUUGGAUGGCGACCACUCCUACGAGGAAAUCGAUGAGUCUACAGAAGGACUAUUUACGCCCACAGAUUACUUUGAUAAGCCGGACAAGAUUAUUGAAAUUGGACAGAGACAGCCGGGCGAUCAACUGGUGUACGACUGCUACCAUGUAGCGCCUGAUGAUUCCGCUGAUAAAAAGAUAAAUCGAUCGGUCAUAUUUUACUAUAUCGAUUCGGCCUCUAUAACCUAUGUCAAGUUUGUCAUUAUGGAUCACUUUGGAAACAAGAACAUCUCGGAUCCCAGCUACGUUGCUCCCGUGGCAGAGUAUAGUCACUUCUCAAGAAAUACCCUAAAGGCCGUCAUCACGGACUUUGACACGGAGAGUCUAUUCGUCAAAAUGUUCAUCUACGGAUAUCCUGCUAAUGAGGCUCCGACCACAUAUGUUCCCUUCCUGCCGCCGCCACACUGGCAGGGAAAUGGCGCCUCCACGGAUCCUCGUAGUCCGCUCUUGACACCAGUGCAAACGAUGCAGCUGCUCCUGAUGACCGGCCAGAAGACGACUCCGCCGCCGGUGGUCUACAAUGACAGCGAUACCGAGAAGCCGGGAACCAUCAAGGCGGAGGAUAUGGAGUUCACACGGAUCACAAACGAUUUAGACGAAUCGGAUUCGGCAAUGCGCCAACUGGAUUCGAAAUUUGUGGUCUGGCUGGGACUGUUACUGCUCCUGGUGCUGCAUCACUAGCGAGGAGUCAUUAGUUAAUCCAUGGAAAGCUUUAUGAGUAGUCUUUAGUCCAACAUUCUGUGUAUUGUAUUUUACGAAAUAAACUUUUUUGGCCUAACCCAAGCACACCACACAGACACA